AGCAGAAUCUCUGAAUAACUGAAUCAAGUCUUCUCCUCCAGUGACUCACUUGAGCGUCUGCGCUUCCAAGGGAAGGAGCCUCGUAUCCAGACUCUCACAGGGAACGAGGAUGAUGCCUUGUGGAGUCUAUCAUUUCACACUAGCAGCUGUUCUAGUGGUGCUGCCAUUCUUGUCAUGUUUCAACGUGGAUGAGAAGAACAGGAUGUCAUUCAGUGGACCAAUAGAGGACAUGUUUGGAUAUACCGUCCAACAGUUUGAGAACAGUGAAGGAAAGUGGGUUCUGAUUGGUUCUCCAUUGACCGGACAGCCGGCAAAACGGACCGGAGACGUCUACAGGUGCCCUGUUGGCCAAAACAGAAACUCUAGUUGUGAAAAAUUCCAGUUGUCAGAAAACACAACAAUUUCGAACAUACAUGAAGUCAAGGAAAACAUGACUAUGGGAACAACGCUGGUGGUUAACCCAGACGGCAAUGGAUUUCUGGCCUGUGGUCCUCAAUAUGGAUACAUGUGUGGAAAGCAGCAGUACAUCACAGGCAUCUGUUCUAAUGUGAGCUCCUCCUUCAAAGUUCUCAACUCCAUCGCUCCAUCCGUACGAGAGUGCAAGCAGGAAAUGGAUAUUGUUAUAGUACUGGAUGGUUCCAACAGCAUUUUCCCCUGGGAACACAUCACUGAAUUCCUUGUCAAGUUUCUACAGAACAUUGAAAUUGGACCAGCACGGGUGGGCAUCGUGUCGUAUGGAGAUGAUUUUGGCCACGUGUUUAACCUCAGCCAAUACAACAACACAAAAGACCUUGUUAAGGAAGCUAAAUUGAUCGUACAAAGAACCGGACACAAAACCAUGACGGCUCUAGGCAUUGACAAAGCAAGGGAAGAGGCAUUUACGGUGGAGCGAGGAGCGAGACCAGGCGUCAAGAAAGUCAUGGUGAUUGUCACAGAUGGAGAGUCGCAUGACCGCCACGAUUUAGAAAGAGUCAUAAAUCAAUGUGACACUGAUGGUAUCGAGAGGUUUGCCAUUGCUGUCCUCGGUGACUAUUAUCGACAAAAUAAAAGUCUUGAAGAUUUGAAGAAGUUUAUUAAUGAAAUCGAAUCCAUUGCUAGCGAGCAAAAAAGUGAUCAUUUCUUCAAUGUGUCGGAUGAAGGGGCGUUAGUAAAUAUCGUCGAUGCGCUAGGAAGCAAGAUCUUUGCCUUAGAAGCCACAACAGGGAACCACACAUCCUCCUUUGAGAUGGAAAUGUCUCAGGCAGGGUUCAGCGCUCACACGUCUAAAGCAGGUGUGAUGCUGGGAGCUGUGGGGGCUUUCGACUGGAAUGGCACCGUAGUGAUGCAAGCUGGCACGGAGUUUGUUGUUCCAAAAAAAAACGCCUUCCAUCAUCCUUCUGUAAAUAGACGUGAAGGCAUGGUCGAGUACGUAGGUUACGACGUGCAGUCAGCAAACACACCAAACGGAGUGCUGUACAUCACAGGAGCGCCACGUUUUAACCAUAGCGGUCGUGUGAUAGUGUACCGCUUUGAUGGGGAAAAUGUCACUACUACACAGACGCUGAAAGGAGAGCAGAUCGGUUCAUAUUUCGGCAGUGUUCUCCAGACGCAUGACAUCGACCGUGACAAUUACACAGACAUUCUUCUGGUAGGAGCUCCGAUGUACAUGGGCCCAGAGAGAGAUGAACAAGGUCAAGUCUAUGUCUACAAACUCAAUGAGGAGGGGCUGUUUGAACAUGAGAUGACCUUGAAGCCAGUCAAUCAGACGUGCUGUAUGGCUCACUCGCGCAGUAACUGUAAAAGCGAGAGUAAAAACGAGCCGUGCGGUUCACGAUUUGGCACCGCGAUUGCUGCUGUACCCGACCUCAACCUGGACGGCUUCAAUGACAUAGUGAUUGGAUCACCACUGGAGAAUGACCACAGAGGGGCGGUGUAUAUUUACCAUGGUUCACAGAAGUCCAUAAAGAAGAAAUACGUACAGCGCAUUGCUGCUGGAGGGGAUGGGGUAAAAAUGAAGUUCUUUGGUCAGUCAAUUCACGGCAUCAUGGAUUUGAAUGAUGACGGUAUUAUAGAUGUUACCAUCGGUGGAAUAGGAGGAGCUGCACUUUAUUGGUCUCGAGAUGUUGCGGAACUUCAUGCAGAGAUGACCUUAGACCCAAGUAAGAUCAAUCUGCAACAGACAUGUCAGGUUCACGGGAAGAACACAGUAUGUGUGAAGAUCAGAGUGUGCUUUCGGUAUAAAAUCAAGUCUGAGAAAGAUAAGAACACAGGAACUGAUAUCAGGUACAGUUUAAUGCUGGACUCUCUGAGAGCGGUCUCAAGAGCACGCUUCAAUGAAACAGAAGACAGAAGGUUGCAGAGAAACGAGUCUAUUAUUGAAAGACUUUGCAGAGAACACACCUUCUACACGUCGGAUAAACUGGAUUUCAGGGAUCCCAUUAUGGUCGUGCUGGAAUUCGGGUUAGCGGAUGAGGAUAAAGGUCCAGUCCUGGAUGGGGAGUUACCAACAUCAAUUAACACGACUAUUACUUUGGUCGACUGUGGAAACAAGGACAAGUGUGUUGCUAAUCUUCACCUCAAAGCCACUGCUGACCUUUCAAGUCUUCUCAUUAAGACCAAGCAGGAGAAGUUCUAUGUCAACAUCGAGGUCCAUAAUAGCGGAGAUAAUGCUUACAACACCAAGGUCUCGCUGAGCCACACAGAUAACAUCAACUAUGUCAAAGUUGAGCCUAAGGAGAAGGAUUGUGAGCCUAAUAAUACCAGAAUUGUAUGUGCAGUUGGAUAUCCUUUUCUCCAAGCGAAUAAAAAGGAGACAUUCAAAAUCCAGUUUGAGCCCAAUCCUUCUAAUAUUCGUAAGGACAUUGUUAUCAAUGUUACUGCGACCACUGAUAGUGAAGAGCCAGAUUCUGAACUGAAAGACAACUUUGUGAGCAUCGUCAUCCCUGUGAAGCAUGAAGCCAACUUGCGGUUCACUGCUAACAAGCAUAUGAAGGAGGACUACAUUAUAUUAAAAGAGAAAGAGAGGAUACCCAGUGUUUUCAACCACACAAGCGUUAUCGGAGAUGAGGUUAAAAUCAGCUACACGAUCGAGAGAGACAAAGAAAUGCUGACUCCUCCACUGCAGCUCACAAUAACGUUCCCGUAUCGCACAUCCGGAGAAAACUGGCUGCUGUACUUCACUCAUCUCACACAUACAGCUAACAUCCAGUGUGAUACCAAAAAGUUGAUUAACCCAUUGAACAUAAAUCCUGACAAGCCUCACACGGUGACCUCUAAAAAAGAAACUUUGAGCAUUUAUCUUUUGAGUUGUAAAGAAGAAAGAAACCCCUGCAAAUCAUUUAGCUGCUUCAUCCCACCUGCAGACUUCAACCAGAUCAAUGCCACAUUUCGAGUGUGGAGACCUACCUUCAUCAUAGGAGAAUUUUCCAGCAUCUACAUGGCAGUUGAUGCUUCGCUCCAGAGUAAAAACACAGAGCUGUUUGUGUUAAAUGAGAACAUUUUGACCCGAGAGGUCAAGAUUCAAGUGACCAAAGACAUACGAAGUGGAAUCCCACUGUGGAUUAUUAUCUUGAGUAUUCUUCUAGGACUUUUAAUACUUGCUCUUGUUAUCUUCGCUUUAUGGAAGGCGGGAUUCUUCAAGAGAAAAUCAGUAGAAGACAUGAAAGAAGACAUGAAAGAAGAUAUGAAGGAAUAGAUUUGAGGCCCACAGAUCUUUAGAUGCCAUUUCUCAGGUCAACUCAUACGACACAGCCAGCAAACAUCAUCAAGAUCACAUUCAUCUUUCAGAAAUCUGAUGAUCACUGUACGUCGGGGUUCACAAAAGAUCUCUACGUCUUAUAGUUGACCAAGGAGAACUCAACAUUUUGCUUGAAUCAUCUUCAUGUCCUCAGUGCAAAAUUCAGCCGAUGAGCCAAAUGUGAAGUCCCGCACCUUGAGAUUGGUAAACAUGUUGCCAAAUCGUCAAGCUUCCAAAGCAAAACACAGGAGGUCCAUCAACCAAAAAAUAAGGUGUAACUCAGUUAGAGCGUGGCGCUAGCAACGCCAAGGUCAUGGGUUCGAUUGCGGGGAUUGCACAUACUCAGAUACAAAAGUUGAUCAAUGUUAGUCGCCUUGGAUAAAAGCUUCUGCCAAAUGCAUAAAUGAAAAAUAAAUGUAUUAAUAAAAACGACAUCCCACCAGCCUACAAAAAAACCCACAUAUUUAUCCGUCAUAAGCAGAUCUCAAGAACCGGUCCUGACUUUAAACACCAAAUCAGAAACAUACCUUCAUAUGGAGAUCUGUUUCAAUUUAGUUCUAGAGCUUUUUUAGACACUGUACAGAGAUGUUUUUGAGUUCAAGCAUUUGUUUUUUUUAUUUGUAUUUUGUCAUAGGCUUAUAAAAAUCGGCACAUUCCUUUUAGUUCACAAAGUAGGUUUUUGGCACUGAUGUUUUUCACACUUUUUGUCUUCAACCGCGAAUGAAAGACUAUUUGUACUGUAAAUGUAAAGCUUAUAGUGUAUAUAAAGUUAUGUUUGCAAUAUAAUGAUAAAUGAAUUGCUACAUAAAAGCGAUUGCAUCAUCCGUGCGACACCCACAGUAGCUUACUGAAGACAUUUCUCAGGUAUUCCAGAUAUCAGAUAAGUGUCUGGAAUCAUACAAUUGGACAGUCAUUUACAUUUCAUGUUAUGUUCUUGCCAUAUGUAAAUAUCAAAAAAGAAUUACUUCACCAAACAAGAAAUCUCAAAGGGUAAAAGUGCCCAAAAAUAAAAAUUCUGUUGUUUAAAUGUUUUUCUUCUAAUUGCUGUAGCAAAUAAGAUAUUAUAAAGAAUCUUGAAACGUAGUACAUUGUCAAAAUGUACUUUUUUUACCUUUAAACCUCACAGUCCCUGAAAAAAGUUAUAAAUAUAAAAUGAUCGUUGAUUAAAGAAACGUAAAAACACUGUACUUCUUGGCAAAGAAUAAAAAUCAUCAAACAUGGAGAUACGAGGUUUCAGAAAGACAGCAGAGAUAUUUAUGUUACAAGGAAAACCAUACGUGUUUGAAACGGCAUGAGGGCGAGUGUUAUUCCUUAAAAAGAAAUAAAGACAUUAUUUUAAUCUAUGGUCCCUUAGGGGAAAUUUAAUGUGAAAUACUAUAGAAACAUGAAUCACAAAUUUAGCAGAAUGUUGCCGGUAACUAAACACAGUAUGACUAAAUGACAGAUAUUGUAUGUAUGUAUAUGAGUGCCUUAAUGUAAUGCAGUGGGUCUAUGAGUAUUAAUUCUGCAUAUCUCCGACACCCAUUCAAGUCUUGAUAAAUUAUGAAUACAUUUAUAACUGAAACAGUAAGCCAAUGUUUUAACUGUUAAACCAAAGAAACUUUGUGGCAGAGAUAUUUUUAUUCCCCAUUCGUGUCUAAAAGCAAUGUUUCAAAUCAUUGCAUCAGGAGUUUCAGGGGAAGUUGUUUCUUUAGUCACGUGGUACUUCAUUGUACUUCAUUUUUGUCGCGUUUCACUUUUGGCUAAGUUCCACUGUUGUCAUUUUAUCACCGUAUGUUUUCUUUAUGAUUUACAUAGUUCCUGCCAGCAAUGAGAUUCAAUUGUAUAUAUGAUCAGUCAGUGUUCAUGUUUCAUGCACAUAUAAAACGUUGGCUAUGUCAGUCACUCUGCUGUGAAGUUUCUGUGUAAUGCACUGGUUUGUCAUUUUGUACAUACUCUUCAGCACGAAGCUAAGAAGCAUUGCACAAACUGUCCGAAAAACAUGCGCAGUACAAAAUAAAUGCUUAUUUUCUAAUUUCAAAAGUUAA